UCGGCUGGCGACAGCCUGCUCUGAGGAUAGAGUUUCAAUACGGUUUUUCGGCUUUCCCUUCUCAUCGCGUUCACGGUUUUCACUAGCGCGUUAUCACUACCGGUCUGGUUGGGCCACGUAAAGAUUCGCGCAACGCCGAAUCGGAUUAGUAGWUAGGGUUUUGUGCCUGAAUCGAAAAUCACUAUGUACUUUAUAAGUUCCGAUCUAAAGUUUUAAAUAGGUAUUGCUAUUCUAARGUCAAAUUCACACCCCCAACCGUUGUUUUCCCAUCAUCUCGUUCAGGACAAUUUCAGGAUUUUCUCAUAAUUUAGUGGAGGACACCACACUUAUUGUAUCGGUCUUACAAACGAGUAACAUAGCAAAUUUACACUCAGCAGUUCACGUUUUUCUCCAUUAGCUUAAAAAGUAGAGUGAAUAUACCUAUUAUGAAACUUAACGGAAAGAACAUUAUUUAUGCUUUGUUAUACUAUUGAUAAUGUUCUUCCUGUUAUUGCUUCCAUUCUUUCGAUUGUUACAUGGUUUGGAUGUUUCUAAUUUUGUUCCAAAAGUUUCUACUGAUAUAUCACCUUGCAAAAGUUGUAAAAUAUUAGUCCAAUCGUUUGAAAAAGGUCUUGAAAAAACUAAAAAUGGUCACUUUGGUGGUGGAAAUACAGCGUGGGAAGAAAAAAAUUUAUUGUCUUAUGCAAAAAGUGAAGUGAGAUUUGUAGAAAUUCAUGAUUCGUUGUGUACUGAAAUAUCUCAAGACCAAGAUAUGUGUUUUCAUUUGUCGAGUGAAUAUGAACAUCAUUUAAAAGAAUGGUGGACAAAUGGCCGUCAAGAAGACCUAUACCAAUGGUUUUGUGUUGAUAAAUUAAAUGUGUGUUGCCCAYCAAAACAUUAUGGUCCUAAUUGUUUACCAUGUGAAGGUUAUCCAAAUGUUUGUAAUUCUCGUGGGACUUGCAGAGGCGAUGGAACUCGAAAAGGCAAUGGGUCAUGCAAAUGUAAAAUUGGUUAUGAUGGUACCAACUGUGAUCAUUGUGCAAUCAAUUAUUUUGUCAAUCUGAAAAAUGAUACUUUUACUUGUGAAAAAUGUCAUAAAUCUUGUAAAGAUAGCUGUACAGAUUCAGGACCAAAAGGUUGUGAUGAAUGUAAAGAUGGAUGGGUGUUCAUUGGUGAAGGUGAAGGUUGUGUGGAUGUUGAUGAAUGUUUGGAACAAGACGUUUGUACUUCUCAACAAUUUUGUGUUAAUAAUGAUGGCUCGUAUUCUUGUUUGAGUUGUGAUCCAUCAUGUACAGAUUGUUAUGGUGAUGGAAAUGAUAUGUGCUAUAAUUGUGCUGCAGGAUACGUUAUGAAAGACAAAAAAUGCAUAGUGGACACCAAGUGGAAGAGCUCUGAUCAAUCUCGUUAUCUAACGUAUGGUGGUCUAGGAAUAGCAACAAUAAUUAUUUUCAGAAUGAAUACAACUAUUGCAAGUAUUGUCGGAGCGUUCAUAGCAGUUUACAUUAUGGUAGCUGAAUAUAUAAUGAAUGAAUUAUAUAAGUAUCCAAAUAGAGAUUGAUAUUCUAAACAAUAACUUCUUUUGUUACCUGUAUUAAUAUAUUAAAAAAUAAGUAGUUUUUAACAUUUACUCAAUUUUCAUCCAAGAAAAAAUAAUGGAUUUAGUACAGAGAUUAAUAUGGAGAUAUUGGUAGUUCAUUUAUUGGUUAAAAUAUUUUUUUUAAUUAUAGUUAAUUAGUAUACACCCUUGAAAUGUUUUAUAAAUAUCUGACCAAUUUAUGUCAACAGAGUUAUUUCUGAUUAUGUAAUUAUUAGAUUUAUAAGAUCAAAAUCUAUGACCAUAAACAAAACACUCAAUUAUAAAUAUUGUAAAAUAUAAUUUAUUUAUUUUUUAAGACAAUGACUAAUACAUAACUGAGUAACCAUGAGACUAUUAUUUAUAAUCUUUUAAAUAUUCAAAAUUUAAAAAUUUGUU